GUCAUCAAAAACAGACGUUGCUUUACGUGACGCUCUGAGGAAAGGACGUUCCAUUGCUCUUAAAACUUAUUUCCUUGCUUCUUCUUUCUUUGCGUGCUCUCCAAGCAUCCCUGGUGGGAGAAACUAAGAUGAAGGAAAAAGACGAAAGUGAGGGAAGCAGGGAUCCAUGUUAAGAGAAGUGAGACGUAGCUUCGUUCGCUGCGACUCAUCAAGGCAGAAUGGGUCGCGGCGAAGAGCUCAGUGACUUCCAGCGGGGGAGGGUGGUCGGUUGUCACCUUGCCAAAAAGUCUGUGCGAGAAAUCUCUGCUCUGUUGAAGAUGCCCCGGUCCACCGUGGGCCAUGUCAUUCGGAGGUGGAAACAUGAAGGAAUAACGACUGCCCUGCCCCGGAGCGGCCGGCCGCACAAGCUGAAAGAGGAAGACCGACAAGUCCUGGAGAAAAUGGCGCUGAAGAACUGCCCGACCUCUGUGGAGGCUCUCACCGCCGAGUUUCAGAGCGUCUCUGGGGCCAGAGUGAGCACCAAGACUGUCCGCCGGAAGCAGCACGAGAUGGGCCUCCGUGGCCGAUUGUCCACGCACACCAAGCCUAAAGGCGGAGAUGCAGAACCGCAUGGCCGUCGUGCUGUGUAACCUGAAGCCAGCUAAGAGGAGAGGAGUGUUGUCCCAGGCUGCGGUCCUGUGUGCCAGAUCACCAGACAGGUCGGAAAUCCUUGACCCUCCAAGAAGAGCAGCACCAGGGGCCAAAGUCACGGCCCAGGGCUUCCCAGGUGAACCGGACACAGAACUGACCCCCAGGCAGAAGGUGUGGAAGCAGAUUCAGCCGGACCUACGUACAGACAGUCAGUGUGUUGCUACCUACAGGGGAUCUGCCUUUGAAAUCACUGGUAUGGGAGUGUGCAAAGCCCAAACCAUGAGCAACAGUGAAAUCAAAUAAACUGAAACUGAGAUGAAGAGUAGGUUGCCCCCUGUUGGACAGACAGGAACAUUACAGUCACAUUUCAUUAGAUGAAUAUCUGAAGUUCUGUAUUUGGACAAAAGAGGGCAAACACACAUCAGUGAAGAUGAUGAUGAUGAUGAUGUACAGUAUGUGUGUUGUGAGACAUGAGACCAUACAGUCAUACCCGGCAUUGUGGAAACUCCUACAAAGAAUCCCUUCUGUUGGGAAAUGUUUUCUUUUCUCAUGAAGCCUCAGUGGUCAGUUCCACUGAACAGUGGAUGAAGCUCAACAGGGCAUAAGUCCCUUUUUGUAAAAUGGGACAGUUAUUCUUUCGUAUGGCUGGAGGAAAGUUAGGAGGGUAAUUAAUUAGAUGACUUUACUCCCAGAAAUUGAAGUUAUAAAUAUAUUCUGGAGUGUUUUUUUGUCUUGCCUUAGCAUAAAUCUUAAAACAUUUGUUUUCAAAUUUGACCAAGUUGUUUGAAAAGGGAGUUUUUCCUAUGAACUGUAUUUAGUCUAUGGACAGAUACUGUUUUUAUAUUUUAGGGGAAAUGAUGAACAGAUAUUCAGACCUUAGUUUGCAUCAUUGCUAAAAAAAAUAAAAAAAUAAACAUGCCUGAAACAAGCAAUGCUUUAUUUUUUUCCCCUUGAGUUUUAUAAAAUGACCUCAACUCAAAGAAGUAUAGUUCCCUUAUUGUAAAGGAAGAGAUGAAGAAUGGGGAUGUGAUAUAGGAACCAAGAAGUGAAACACCUUUUCCGAGACAAGUUGCUGGUAAUUAUUUGACAGAACGGUGAAUGGUAUCCACCUUUUCACAUAAAAUAUCAUCAGUCAAGAGAACAAAAGUACUAAAGCAGGAUCCAUUAGUCCUGUUUGUGUUCUUAUUUGGAAAUGUUAAAAAGGCAUGAAAAACAGGGAACUUAGAGAGCAAAACGACAACAUGUAAAUGAGGACACAUUAACCCAAUGUCAUCAGGUAUAUACUUACUUUUAUCUGCAUAAAUGCUUGUGUUGGUUUACACAGUAAAUGCCUACAUGAUGGACAUACGCCUAAAAAAGUAAAAUAGCAUUUUGACUUGCAUGGGAAGACACAUUAUUUUUUAACACGGACCUGUUGUAAAUACAAUUUGAAAAAACAAAUGGUGAUUAAUAUAUGAACAAUAAGAAUAUGUUCUCUGUGUGUUUUCGUUUUGUUAUGUCUCUUAUUCAGAUCUUGGGGAAGUAUGUUUUAUAAGGAACCGGAAGAAGGCGAAGAAAUAUGAGGUCAAACAUUACCAGCUUUAUUUACUCUCUAAAUCUGUUAAUAUUUUUAUAUUUCAUUUGUGUUACUAUAUUAUCUAUUUCUCCUUAAAUCGUUAAUAUUGAUAAUAAAAUGAAUAAACUUCCUAUUUAUUAUUAUUAUUA